UGAUGAUGCUCUGGCUGCUGUCACAUAUGCUGCACAGCAACAAUAAUAUUUGGAGAGUUACAAGUGACUGCGGUCUGCAGCACAAACCGAGAUGCAUGAACAAUGAACUUUCUUUUGCGCAAACCUCCAGCUGACAGAGGUCAUCGGUGUGCACGCUUCGAGAUUUUCUGCAUGGCCUCAGUAGUCACGCCGACGACAUAAUUGUUCAAGAGCAAAACGAAUGGAAGUUGUAAUUCUUUUUUUUUUAAGCGAGUGCUACUGUGCAAUAAACUGCAAGCAAACGUAAUUUAGAGGAUUUACAAGGGACUUGCAAGAAGUGGAGCAGCUAUGGCUAUACUGAUAACUUCCACUUUGAUCGUUUGCGUACAAGUGGUUCUUUAUUUCACAUUUACGCACAGCAUGGAAGCUGAUUUCUGCAAGCCUUUACGAGUGGCGCGUGGAAAGCAUUUACAAAUGAAUGAAAAACAACUUACGUUCAGGAUCAAUGCGUUCAAACAAGUUUUUUACCUCCACCUCCAGCCGGAUUUUAAUUUUCUCGGACCAGGUAGUUUAAACUCAUUCGAGCCCAACGCAUCGACAGCCGCAGACCUCAGGAAGUGCUUCUACUCCGGUAACGUCAACUCACAGCCGGACUCGUUUGCUGCCCUAAGCUUAUGUAAAGGUCUCAACGGGGGGUUUUACGAGAACGGCGUGGAAUAUUUCAUCAGCCUCGCAAGAGGUGAGGAUGGAUCAUCCGAGACUGGGGACUCUUCAUCCAAGACGCACGUCAUCCAACGCCGCAGUCGCUCUGCACCCUUGCUCGGUAACUUCACCGGCAAGUGUGGAGUGACACGUGACUCUAACUUCAACACGUCCCUGGAAAAAUACAAGUAUUUGAGCGAAAUGGAAAUUGGAGGCUCUUCUGAAACUGUGUUGGAAAGACUGGGGAGGUCCAAAAGAUUUACCUCCAUCCCCAGGUUUGUGGAGGUGUUGGUGGUGGCAGAUCCAUCCAUGGAUUCGUUUCACGGGGAUGAGCUGAAGCACUACCUGUUGACACUCAUGUCGGUGGCUGCCAAGCUUUACAAGCACCCCAGCAUCUUAAACUCCAUCAACAUAGUGGUUGUGGGCUUUGUGGUGCUAAAAGAAGAUGACAGAGGGCCAAAGGUUUCCAAUAAUGCUGCCCUAACUCUGCGCAAUUUCUGCUCUUGGCAGAAGAAAUUAAAUAAACACAGCGACAAGCAUCCUGAGUACUGGGACACUGCAAUUCUCUUCACCAAACAGGAUCUUUGCGGGGCCACAACCUGUGAUACGCUGGGGAUGGCUGAUGUUGGGACCAUGUGUGAGCCCAAAAGGAGUUGCUCUGUCAUUGAAGACGAUGGCCUGCCAUCAGCAUUUACGACAGCCCAUGAACUUGGUCACGUCUUCAACAUGCCCCAUGACAAUGUGAAGGCAUGUGAAGAGGUCUUUGGGAAACUCAACGACAACCACAUGAUGUCCCCAACUCUAAUUCAGAUAGACAGGAGUCGACCCUGGUCUGUGUGCAGUGCAGCCAUCAUUACUGAAUUUCUGGAUCGAGGUCAUGGAGACUGUUUGCUGGAUCAGCCUGGGAGGCAGCUGUCUCUCCCCGAUAACCUGCCUGGCGCUAGUUACAGUCUUCAUAGUCAGUGUGAACUGGCUUUUGGUGAUGGCUCCAAGCCUUGCCCCUACAUGCAGCCUUGCUCCAAAUUGUGGUGCACGGGGAAGGCCCAUGGCCAGCUGGUUUGUCAAACCAGACACUUUCCCUGGGCAGAUGGCACCAGCUGUGGCACUGGAAGAGUUUGUUACCAAGGGAUCUGCACUGAGAAGAACACUACCAUGCACAUCAAGGUGGAUGGUAGAUGGGGGAAGUGGGGUUCAUUUGGGGAUUGUUCCAGAACGUGUGGUGGUGGUGUCCAGCUGGCCAGGAGAGAGUGUGACAACCCAGGCCCUGAGAACGGAGGCAAAUACUGCUAUGGCCUUCGAAUUAAGUAUCGGUCCUGCAACCUCAACCCCUGUCUUGAUACAGUUAAGAGUUUCCGUGAAGAGCAGUGUGAAGCGUUCAAUGGCAUUAACCUGAAUACUAACAGAUUGGGCUCGUCUGUGGUCUGGGUUCCUAAAUAUUCUGGCAUCUCCCCCAAGGACAAAUGCAAGCUCAUCUGUCGUGCCAAUGGGACGGGUUAUUUCUAUGUUCUUGCCCCAAAGGUUGUUGAUGGGACGCCCUGUUCACCGGAUUCCACUGCUGUAUGUGUUCAGGGAAGAUGCAUCAAAGCAGGCUGCGAUGGGAAGCUUGAUUCCAAGAAAAAAUUUGACAAAUGCAAUGUGUGUGGCGGUGACAACCAGGGCUGUAAAAAGGUCUCCGGAAUGUUCACAAAACCCAUUCAUGGCUAUAACUUUGUGGUGACGUUGCCUGUUGGCUCAUCAAACAUUGACAUCCGCCAACGGGGCUACCGAGGAAUCGUCAGUGACGAAAACUACCUCGCAGUUAAGAACGGGCACGGGAAGUACCUGCUGAAUGGCAACUAUGUGGUGUCAGCUGCGGAGCGCGACCUGAUGGUGAAGGGAACCCUGUUGCGCUACAGUGGCACUUCAACAUCUGUGGAGAUUCUUCAGUCCACUAGGCCGCUGCAAGAGGCACUGACAGUGGAGGUGCUCUCUGUCGGGAAAAUGACCCCUCCCAGGGUGCGCUACUCCUAUUAUCUUGCCAAAGAGAGUAAAGAGGAAAAGACCUUGCGGAAAGAAGAGAAGAAGCAGGUGUCACACAAUAGCAUUUUAUUGACUGGCAACAAAGUAGAAGCCAAAAAGAAGGUGACGGGGAAGCAGCCGGUAAAACACUGGGUGACCGGAAGCUGGGCUGCAUGCACAGUGACUUGUGGAAGCGGCCUGCAGAAGAGGCUGGUGCUCUGUCAGAACACGGACGGGAAUCCAGCCUUUGGCUGUCACAGUGCUGACAGACCUGUUGCUCUGAGAGCGUGUGGAGAUCCAUGUCCCAUGUGGGAUGUCGGAGCCUGGUCUCACUGUUCAAAAUCCUGCGGCAGAGGCUUUAAACGGCGGCUGGUGCGCUGCAUGACUGAGAAUGGUCUUAAUCUGCCACGAGACCACUGCUCCGGAAGAAGAAAGCCUCAGGAGCUUGAUAUCUGUUAUCUGAGACUGUGUUAAGGGUGACUCAAAUGGCAUUUGACACAUGCCACAUCAUCAUCAUGGUUGUAUCUCAGUGGUCUUUGUUGGUUGAAAGUACACUCAAUUGCCGCGUGACUGCAGCCGGCAGGGUGUUACAGCAACAAAAACAAAGUCACUGACGACCGAGAGGGUCUUCCUCAGACCUUCUGUUUAUGCAAGAGGGACAUGUUUUUGUUCUCCUCAACUGACUAACCAGUUGAGUCAAGUUGGACUUUACGUAAGUCGACCUCUUCGGGGACGUGAACUAUGCCUCUGUAUCCACAAGUGAUACCUGGCAUGCAUGGGAGGAUGUUUGAAGAACAGAAAAUAGUCAAAAGUUCAGGCAAACUGAUAAGAUAUACAGAGUAUGCUUGAACCCUGUGCUUUUAGCAGUACCAUUAAAUGUGCGUUGUCUGUGAAAUGACUCUCCCCACACCCACACAACCCCCCACACCCCCAACUCAUUUUAGCAAAGAAACUGGUGGAAAUGUGAAAUGCAGUAUCGUAUUGGAAAUAUUUCACUGAAAUGUAUGUUCCUGUUUUGUUGUUGUUUUUUGUUUCAGUGCUGUUGGCUGCUGAACAGUUAUCUUGGACGAGUACACUGUAGGUCUCAGUGUCCAGUUUUGAUUCUGUGUCCGUAUCAGAUGCUUUUCAUAAUUACAUAGAUUUUCAAAGUACAUACUGUAUAUCCAAUUUCACCAUUUACAUUUACUGAAGACCUGAAACAAACCCAUAUACAGUACAUGCAAACAAUUCCACAAGCAUAGCAUUGAGUUGGCCAGAACAUACUCCCCUUAGAUAAAUGCUGCUAACCUCUGCAUUGUUUUCCUUGUUUAAAGGUCACCAAAGCACUAAUGUAUUAUAUUUAUACCACAUUUAAUGCCCUCUAAUUUUGCUUCAGUUUAAAUUUUCAGGGGGCAUUUUUUUUUCAAAUGUUUUGUCUAUAGACCCCCCACAUACAGUGCUUCCUCAAUUGAUGAAAUUCUGUAACAUCAGACUCACAUCGACAGAGUAUUGUUUGUAUGAUGAGUCUGUUGACACUGCAGUCACCUUGGCAGGUGUCUGAUUCAUAUCAGAUUUUUAUCCACAUCUGAGGUUCUCCAAUUUCAAAUCACCUUUUUCUCUCCAUGUGCUGUGAUGUACUGUAUAUCUGAAAUGAACAUUAUGUCACCUGAAUCAUGUCAUGAAAAACAUUGCCUUUGGUUGUAAAAUAAAAUGUGCGCGAACAAUGUGACAAGAA